AGAGCCGUCAUUUAAUGACGAGACAACCAGCACCACUUCAGAACAAUCUGGCAUUACGCCGACGAAGAAGCAAGCGCUAGACUAUGCUGAGCGUCGACGGCGAAAUAACGAUUCGGCUAGACGAUCGAGAGAGGUGCGCCGGCAACGCGAAAUGGAAAAUCGGCAUAAAAGCGAGAAGUUGGCCCGGGAGAACGAGGAGCUGCGCAAGAGGUGCAACGAUUACGCGCCGAGGUUGCGCAGG